AUAACACAAAACUCAAAAACCUCUCAGAGACAGUGAGAGAGACAAAGAAAAAAAUGGCGAGAAAUUCAAUUCUGAGCAGCCACCGCCAAGUUCUGCGUCAAAUCUUUGGUUCAAAUUCUCGAUCCUUCCAAACUCUAAUUCCAUCUCCUCCAACUCCAACUCCAACUCCAACCUCAUCUCUCUUCUCUCCGGUUCCUCCUAAACCCUUCCCCUCCGGUUCCUCCAUCCUCUCCGGUUCCUCACGCGUUCACUUCUCCGACCUUCCUUUCUCCCAAUCUCGACCUCUCUCCUCUUCCUCAGGUGGGAUCGUGUAUCCAUGGUUUACUCCCCAAGGGUGGGUUCAAAGGGCCUGCCUUGGUCCAUCAAACAUUGUCCUCGUUAAUUCAGAAAAUGACUUCAAUAGUUCACUUAGCAAAGCUCAAGACGACUCAGUGCCAGCAAUUUUCUAUUUCACUGCAGUUUGGUGUGGGCCUUGCAGGUUCAUUGGCCCUAUCAUCGGUGAGCUGAGUGAGAAAUAUCCUCAUGUGACGACUUAUAAGAUUGACAUUGACCAGGAAGGCCUUCAAAGCAUAUUAAGCAAGUUAAAUAUUACCUCCGUGCCAACACUUCAUUUUUAUCAAAAUGGGAAAAAGGCUGCUGAAGUGAUUGGAGCUGAUGUUGCUCGCUUGACGAACACCAUCGAAAAACUCUACAAGACUGAUUGAAGAUUCCAGUCAGGGAUUGAUGGCAGAUGAUUAUGUAAUUUGACAUAUUUGUAAGUUUUUAAAGAAAACUUCAGAAAUUGAUGGAAACCAUGUUUCUGGUCAGGUUCAGCCUUUCAAGUACUUCUUAGGCCCACAAGGUUUUUAUUUUCAUGAAGUAAAUACUGUAUAUGAAUUGGAUUUGACGAGAGGAAGGACCUACGCAAUUGGACUGUGCACAAAGUAGUGGUGUUGUCAAUAGCAGUUAUUGUUGCAUGGCCUAGGCAAAAGGGAGAAAACAAUUUUGGGCCGAAGUCCUGGUCCCAAAUUAAUUAGGAUGCCGCUAAUCUACUUUAUUUUUUAUUUCCAUUUUGGUGAUGACUAUUACCAGAUUAAUAUUUAGUUAUUAGAAAAAGUUUUUUUAAUAACAAAUAGAUUUAGAGCUAUUUUUCUCUAACUCACUAUGUAAUGAUUGAAGAGACAAUCUAUGUAU